AUGCUUGGGUCAAAAUUGAGAAGGGAGGAUGAGAUGUAUGUGUGGCCGGAAGAACUUAUAGUUGAGAUCUUAGUGAGAUUGCCGGUGUUUGCAUUGUUAAGAUUUAGGACAUCUGAAUGCAUUGCUGCGGAGGAGGAAGUAUGGAGACACCAAAACCUCUUAUUAAUCCACGAGGAGGAGGACCAGAAGAAGCAAAGUUCCGCGGAUGAUUCUUAUUCAGCUUCUUGUUUGCGUCAUCUAAAAUUGCCACACGUUGACACAGAUUCCCUCCUUGGAUGCAAAGGAUCUUGCAAUGGAAUUCUUUGGUUUGAUGGUUUGAAUGGCAGGCUAACUCGUUUGUGUAAUCCAAUUACUCAAGAGUAUUUUGAACUUCCUUAUGAAACGAGCCUCUUUGGGGAUAAGGAGAGAUUUCAUACUGCGGCUUCGGGAUUUGGUUUUGAUGAGUUCACCAACGAUUACAAGUACAUCAGCAUUGUGAAGGAGUCAACACCCUAUCCCAUCAAACAAUUUGCUGCACAAAUUUACAAACUCAGCACGAAUAGUUGGAGUGUGAUUGAGAAGCAGCACGACCACAACGGCUUUGACUUGAAUUCCAUUACUUCCUUCCCUGGUUUCACUGGCGGAGUGCUUUUUAAUGGUUCCCUUCACUGGCGGAAUCACUCCCACACAAAUCCUGGCCGAGUUAUUCAAUUUCUAAUCCUUACUUUUGAUCUCCAUACUGAGACAUUUGGAAGCAUAGGAGUACAUCAUCAAAUAAAUUACCACUACACAUUAGGCCGUGAUGGUGUAUUAAGGAAUGAUCCUCGAAGAACUUGGAAGCUUACGGUCUUGGGUGACUGCCUUGCCAUUGUCAUAACAAACUAUCCAACAAUCGCAGGCAAGAUGUUGUUUGAUGUGUGGGUGAUGAAGGAAUAUGAAAAUCAGGAGUCGUGGACAAAGAGAUGUUCGGUUGGACCAUUUUCUCACCAACCUUGUUUGUGCCUGUUGACUUGUUGGCAUGAUGACGAGCUCCUUGCUCUAACUGAUGAUGAUAAUAGAGACCUGGUCUCCUGUAAGCUUCCCCUGAAGAAUGGUCCUGAAGAGGAGGAGGAUGAACAAGUGAUCACAACAUUCGACAUCGGUUGUAAGCAUGUCAAAUCUAAAUUCUGUGUCCAAGCUGUCAUAUUUCAACCAUCUUUUGUUUCUAUCGGCGGAGGCAGAAGAAACCUUUGA